AUGAGUUCAUCAACUAACGCAGGCUCGCGAGCGGCGAAUCGCCCCAGCAUUCUGGAUCCCGCCCGUCCUAUUAGAGGCUUGACAAUCGCUUUCUGUCUAUGGAAGGUGCUGAUAUUCCUGGUCAUCGUCUCGUGCCCAGGACUGGGCUACGAUACCUCCACAAGCCAUCUUUAUGAGUACCACGAUACCAACAGCUCUGAUAUCAUAUCAGAGGACAUUGAAGAUCUACUUCUCACCGUUCCACGAAAGUUCGUCCGGUGGGACUCUAUCUACUUCUUGCAUAUAGCUCAGCAGGGGUAUGUCUUCGAGCAAGAGUGGGCAUUUGGCUAUGGCUACACUCGAGCCUUAGCUUACCUGACUUCCGGUAAAAAAAGCUUCUUUUCUUUAAGCAAACCACUGGCGAUCCUACUCUCUCACGUCGCACACUACCUCUCCGUUCUUGCGCUCUAUAGACUGUCCGUUAAUGUGUUUGGAAACGACAGUACCACGCAACGACUCAUCUGCCUGCUGUCCUCCGCUUUACAUAUAAUCUGCCCCGCCGGAGCAUUUCUUUCGGCUCCAUAUGGAGAGUCACUGUUCUCGUUCCUGAACAUAACUGGUUUCUAUCUCUACUCUUCCGCUUACUUGGAUAACAAGAAUGGCAAGCGUCUGUCCGGCGAUUUCAAAACGCUUUUGUCCGCUGUCCUGUUCUCUGCAGCAACGACUGUUCGCAGCAAUGGUAUCUUAAGCGGGAUAUUGUUCGCCUAUGACGCUUUCCUCCAGCUUCGACGGGUCGUGUCACAGAGUUUGUCAUUGAACGCCUGUGCGCACCUGCUGGUUGCGAUCGUGAGCGGUUGUAUCAUUGCUCUGGGGCUCAUUCUCCCUCAGUAUAUCGCUCACACAGCAUACUGUGGGGAUGACCCUAAUUCCCGGCCAUGGUGCCAAUGGUAUGUUCCGAGUAUAUAUGGUUGGGUGCAAAGCCAUUAUUGGAAUGUGGGUUUCCUUCAGUAUUGGAGUCUCUCGAACCUUCCACUAUUUGUUCUAGCGAUGCCCAUGCUGGCUAUACUCUUUCGCUCGUCUUUCUGGGCACUUGACAUGGCUGUCCCUUUUAUUUAUCCAAGGGCUCUCAGUGGGAUUGAUCACGCUUCAUCGUCAGCUACCACCGCCUCAUUGCUCCUACGACUGGCUGCGCCUCAGGGAAUCUUGGCUUUACUGGCCCUCACCAGCUAUCACGUCCAGAUCAUCAAUCGCAUAGCUUCCGGUUACCCACUGUGGUAUUGGUACCUUGCGUACUUGGUUUCUGGGAAUUGGGGCCAAAUCCCUCCUUCAAUUCAACACAGCCGUACGUUCACAAGUGCGGUGCAGGGCAUGGUGGCAUAUGCUUUGGUGCAGGCCACAUUAUUUGGAUCAUUUUUACCACCAGCCUGA